GUUCUUUUUGGAGCUCUUGGCGGGCUGUGGCGUGUGUUGUGUUGUGGUUGCUGAGUUCUUGCCUCAAGAUCGCCAAACAGCAGCACAGGCUCUAUCUCUCUCUCUCUCUCUCUUUCUCUCUUGCUCUCUCUCGCUCUCUCUCUACUCUACAUCUGUGUGUCGUGAAUCUCUGCCUCUGGUUCCACGCUCCCAGCAGUAGCAGCAGCAGCACCACCAUGGCAGGCGGCUGGAGUUGUUUCAGGAUGUACAGUUUCAUGGGAGGAGGGUUAUUCUGCGCUGGGGUGUCCAACAUCCUCUUGGUGGUUUCUACGGCAACGGAUUAUUGGAUGCAGUACCGACACUCCAACAAUAACAUGCACCAGGGCCUGUGGCGUUACUGUGUGCCCGGGAAGUGCAUGACCCACACAGACAGCAUAGCCUACUGGGAUGCCACCAGGGCCUUCAUGAUCCUCUCCAUCCUGGCCUGCUUCUUCGGUAUUGUCAUCGGGGUCAUGGCUUUCAUACACUACUCUUCCUUCGACGGCUUCGACAAAACCUUCGCUUCCGGAAUCCUCUUCUUCAUCUCCUGCUUCUUCGUGCUGUUGGCCAUGGCUGUAUACACAGGAGUGACAGUCAACUACUACGGCAAGCGAUACGGGAACUGGCGAUUCUCCUGGUCGUACAUAAUGGGCUGGGUGUCUGUGGUGCUCACAUUCUUCUCAGGUAUCUUCUACAUGUGUGCCUACCGAAUGCACGAGUGCCCACGGAACUCCAGCUCUCGCUAGAAGAGUUCCAACCCAACGUUCUCUUCCAGGAAGUUCCACUCGGAUGGUUCCCUCAAGCGCAUCACAAUCCAAGUUUCAGCACUGCCAUUUACUGUGAACUACCUAAACUAUGAACUGAAAACAAAUAAAUGACAUGUUUCAUUCGG